UUGUCAUUUCACUAAAUCAAGGUAUAAUCAGUUAUUUGUUUUCCGUUUUUCACUUUUACUCUUGGUAAUAAAUGUGAUGAGAUACGGGCACGUGAUGAGUAAGAAACGGAUGAGUAAUAGAUUAUUUUUUUUUUUUGGUGGGUCCAACUAAUUAGGAAGGAGAAGAAGAUAACAUAUGAAAUUUUCUUUUUUUUUUUUUUUUUUUUUGUCUUUGCAGGAGGCAUAUUUGCCUGUGUCUCCUGAUGUAAACGACGAUCGGAGAAAUCGCAACAACUAAAAAUAUCAAAAAUACAUUAAUUAAAUUAAAUUGUUGAAUAUCUGAAUGUCUCCUCUUCUUCCUCUUUUCCCCAAUUCGAAUUACUUGCGGAACCGUUGUAAGGGAUUUGAAUUAAACUUCAAAUUCCCCAAAUCGUUCCGCAAAAUGGUGCCCUUACACGCACCCCAAUUCAAGAGACUAAGGAGGUCGGCGUUGUUAUUGGGCGUUUCGAACGCGCUUAUUAUUAUUAUGGGAAUUGUUAUUGUUUUUGUUGUUGUUGUUGUUGCGGGUGGUGAUUCGUGUAAGGAUAAAGGUGUUGCUCCGGUUAUUGUUGCUAUGAUGGUUUCGGUUAUACGGAUUAGUGCUAUGAUUGCUACUGGCAUAGCGCAGCAACAUGCUGCUUCUAGUAUUUUGACGACUUACACUGAUUUGCCUGAUUCUCAGGCUGCUAUUCGACAGCAAAGACGGAAGAAAUAUAGGAAACUGUUAUUGUGGACUCGAAUUGCCUCAGUAAUUACAAUGCUGCAACUUCUUGGGGCUGUUUUUCUUUUGGUCAGUGUCACCAAUCUUUUUCAUAGCGAUACAACAUCAAGCAACUGUCUGAGAGGGAUUCUCUCAAAUGGUUCAAAGUGGCAACGCACCAUGCUUAUUCUUUUUAUGGUUAUUAUAUCUUAUGUGGGUCCAGUACAAUGUUUUGCUGGAGCCGAUGUUUUGAGAUGGAGGUCUUUCUAUGCAACAGAAGAUAAUGCUUGGAGGGCACAUUAUAGGGAGGUAUUUGAUCAUGGCAUUCGUGAAGCUUUGUGCUGUCUGGGACGGGUCAAAUACUUGACCGUGCUAGAGGAAGAUGAAGUUUGUUCUGUGGCACAGUUACUUGGUGACCUUGUCACUUACCGUGCAUCUGGAACAGGUCAUUUGGAGCUCUUGGCAGGACUAGCUUUAUUGCAGAAUCCUUGUUCCUUCUCUAAAUCAUAUGAAGAGUCGGUGGUUGUUCCCAUGGAAAGGAUUCGCGAGGCUGCUUUCUAUCAUCCAUUUGCUGAAGCAGCCUACACGGGUCUAUUACUUGAUAUAGGAAGAAAUCCUGUACUUUUUUCUUGUUCAUGGCUCUAUAGGCAAGGCAUUCUUGCUCCCUGGCUUUGGAACAGGCGACCUUUACUAGAAGGUGACAACUGGUGGCGAGGUCAUGCAGCAGCCUUCUUGAAACAUGUUCAUUUGUCAGCACAUAUGCUCAGAAAAGGGCGUGUUAAUCAAGGGAAGUGUAAAGCAGCAUACUUCAUUGUGGUUUUGCAUAAUGUGAAAUCUGUUGUAAUUGCUGUGAGGGGAACUGAGACCCCCGAAGAUCUCAUAACUGAUGGUUUAGGCAGGGAAUGCUGCCUUACUGAAGAAGAAUUAGAUAGCCUACUAAGUGGCGACUAUUUUGACCCAUGCAUUCGUCAAAGAGUGGUUUCAUCCUCACCACACUAUGCACACUCCGGAGUAGUUGAGGCUGCACGUGAUCUUUACAUGCAAGUAGAUGGAAAUGGCGGAGAUGGUGGAUUUCUCUCCUCAUUGCUGGGAGUAGGAUGUGAGUGUGAAGGAUAUGGUGUGCGAAUAGUGGGGCAUUCCCUUGGAGGAGCAAUUGCUGCAUUACUAGGAAUGAAGCUACGCAAACAGUACCCAGAUUUACACGUCUACACAUAUGGUGCUCUCCCAUGUGUGGGUCUGGUGGUGGCAGAUGCUUGUUCCGAAUUCAUUACCAGCAUUGUAAACAAUGAUGAAUUUUCAGCACGCCUUUCAGUAGCAUCAAUUAUGAGACUUCAAGCAGCUGCACUUAAGGCAUUAUCGGAAGAUGGCACUAUUGAUAUUACAACAAUUCUUAAACUUGCUCAUCACUUUACUUCACUGUCUGUCUGUCAGAAAAGUAUGAGCGAGGGAGAAUCGUCAGUGAAUUCUUUUACAGCAAUGUCAAGUUGUACAAACCAAAUCAACCAUAGCCAGCUUGAAAAUGGAUUGACUAAGCGUGAACCAGGAUCAUCUGUUUUGCAUGACAUAGUUAGCUCUGAUGAUAAAAUUGGUUCACCUGAAUCGUCAAACCAUUUCAGCAGUCUUUGUGAUUGCUCUACUUCCGAUUCAAGUCCAUUUGAUGAUCCUUUAAAUGAAUUUUUGGAGGCUGUUCCAUCUUCCGAAAAUAAGUCAUCCUUGAGUAUCCCAGAGUUGUAUUUACCGGGUCUUGUUAUCCAUAUUGUGCCACAGAAUGGUGGCCUUCAUAAACCAUUGUGGAGACUCUGGAGAACUUGGGAAAGAAGAAGCAGGUUUAGGGCCUAUGUAGCGAAAAGAGAAGCAUUCAAAGAGAUAAUAGUAUCACCACACAUGUUCCUGGACCAUCUACCUUGGAGAUGUCAGAAUGCACUGGAAAAUAUACUGAAGACCGGACAACUUAAGACUCCGGAGGAUGCAUCUGAAAUUGUGUGAUUGCUGACAGUAAGAGACCGCCAAUUUGCUCCACUUGGUUCUUAAGAACCACCAUUGUAUUAAAUGAACAGGCAUUUACUUCCAAGGAUGAAACCAGAUCAACCGGAGCAUGCUUGACAAGACUCCACAUAUAUUUUCCUCAAAGUCAGAUGUUUUGUAUACUAUCGUUGCAUAAGUCGUCGAUUUGUCUUAGGAGCUGAAUCAUUUUAUGUAUUUUAAUUGUAUAAGCACUGUGAGGGUUCAAUUGAAAGUGACCGAUCUUUUCAUCUCUUUUCUUUUUAACUUUGGACGGACGAAUAAGCUUUGAGGGUUCGGACAUUGAAAGCUUCCACAUUUGAGACGCUUAUAGUAGUGUAUAUAGAAAAAACAAAUAUCAUUUGUAACUUGUUUUGAGAAAAAAUCAUCAUUCAGUGAAGUCUUAAGUUUUU